CGGGUACAUAAACAGGCGAAAGUGCAAAACUUAGUAACCUGGAGAAGUGAACGGCUAUUUUAGCACCAGGGAAUGUCAGCAGCUUAUUAUAGGCCGAUGGCAGGCCUGUAGCAUGAGGUGUAGCUCCAAAUCAGCGCUACCAAGUUGUUCAGACAGCAACGAACGUCUUGUAGCUUGUAUAAGUUGAAGAUGAAGUUAAUAUUGCCUUUUCGGGCGUCGAUGAAGUUGCCAAAAGGUGCUCCAUGGCGCUAGAUCGGCCAAUAGUAGCACUGAAAUUAAGCGGCAGGUAAACGCGCGCAUAAAUUACCUAGUCAGGUUUAAUAGGAUUUCGCGUCGCGUCUCUGUCGCGUCUCCCACGACCGGCAAAAAGAAAUCAGAUAUCAGACAUCGGACAGUUGCAGAAUUGCAACCACAAGCAAUCACCUUACGCUGCCCACUAUGUCAAAUUCCGACAAAGAAGACAAUGAUAUUUUACCAGAUGGUCCGGAGUCAGAUACUGGCCAUGUCAAACCUGAAAGUGGAAACCAUGAUGAUUCCGCGGCGACCACCGCGCAACAAGGAGAAGCCGCAAAGCCCAAUUCCAUAGAGGCUAUCAAACUAGAAGAUCUAUUCGAUAGCGACGAUGAUGACGAAGAGUUUCCGGCGUCCAGCGCUGCUGCGACCUCAAAGCUUGAAAGCUCCCCAGAGCCGCCUCCCAAACCAUCUGAACCCGCUACAGUGCAAAUAGACUCAGACAUAAUGCACGCUUUCUACCUACGCCUCUUUCCAUUUAGAUACUUCUUCCAAUGGCUAAACCACGGCGUGAAACCCUCGCCGGACUUUGGGAACCGAGAAUUCUCAUUCACACUUCAAAACAAUGCCGUUCUACGUUAUCAAUCAUUCCCAACCGCAGAGCUCCUCCGCAAAGAAAUCCUCCACCUAAAACCUACCCGCUUUGAAAUCGGACCCAUCUACAGCACAAACCCGCGCGACCGCAAGUCUCUCCGGAAAGCCAGCCGCUUCAGACCCGUCUCCAAAGAACUAGUCUUUGACAUCGAUCUGACAGACUACGACGACAUCCGCACUUGCUGCACGAAGGCCAAUAUCUGCCAAAAGUGUUGGUCCUUCGCCACCAUGGCCAUCAAAGUCGUUGACGCAGCCCUGCGCGAGGAUUUCGGCUUCGAGCAUAUCCUCUGGGUCUAUUCAGGCCGCCGCGGUGCGCACGCCUGGGUCUGCGACCGGCGCGCCCGCGACUUGCCCGAUGACCGCCGCAAGGCGAUCACGGGCUACCUCGAAGCUAUCCGCGGCGGCAGCCAGAGCGGUAAGAAAGUCAACCUCAAACGCCCCCUGCACCCGCACAUCGCGCGCAGCUUGGAAAUCCUCAAGCCGUACUUCGCCUCCACAAUCCUCGUUGAGCAGGACACAUUCAGCAAACCGGAGCAGGCGGAGCAGCUCCUCUCCCUGCUCCCUGAUAAACCGCUCGCGGACGCGCUGCGGCGGAAAUGGGACUCGGCGCCCGAUCGCUCAAGCGUGAACAAAUGGAACGACAUCGACGCCCUAGCCAAGUCUACCAAGUCGCGCGCUGAGCAGCAGGAUGGGAAGGGGAGAGGCGGCGCCAGCAGCAGUAAUAGACCCAUAGACACCAAAGCGCUCCUAGAGGCGAAGCAGGACAUCGCGUUGGAAUAUACCUACCCGCGCCUCGACGCGGAGGUCGGCAAGAAACUCAUCCACCUACUCAAGAGCCCCUUCGUCGUGCACCCGGGCACGGGCCGCGUGUGUGUGCCCAUUGAUAUUCGGCGGGUUGAGCAGUUUGAUCCGCUGCGCGUGCCGACGGUCGGAGAGCUUAUUGCGGAGAUUAAUGCGUGGGAGGGCGGGGAUGAGUUGAGGGAUGACGAUGCUAACGAUGUUAAUAGCAACGGUGCUGCUGUGAAAGACGAACAGAUGGUUGGGGAUGUUUUGCCGUCCAGCACCGCUGAUAUCGACGGGAGGGGUAGGAAGGUGCAGGACUACGAGAAGACUAGUUUAAAGCCGUAUAUUGAUUAUUUCCGCUCGUUCGUAGCGGGCCUGCUUAAGGCGGAGAGGACGGGGGUGGGGAUGGGGAAGAGGGGGCGGGAGGAUGCGGAAGAGAGUGGGGCGAGUGCUAUGGAGUUUUGAGCAGGGAUGGAUGGUUUGUUUGAAUUUUUUUGGGGGGGAGGGUAUUCAUGCGAGUUAUUUACUUGAUGGCAAGGGCUCUGUUUCGCUGUUAUUCUUAUUAUAUGUGAUCAGAUGAGUUCUGCACAGGGUAUGAUUUGGGAGGGAGUUUUCCGGUCUUCUCUUUUAUUUCCUUUGGGCGGGAUUGGAGUUUAGAACCCAGCAGCGAGCAAAUGAACGGAUUCGAAUUGAGUUACUCAAGUAUCUUCUACCCCUAAAUAUUUCUAUAAGUAGGCGCGUAUGUAUAUGUAUCAGCCAAUAAAGGAUUUUUGAUACAGCGUGGAGUGAGUGCCCUUUGACGACCUAUGUUUUGCCCAAAACUGAGCCCCACUCUCUUCUAACGCGCAAAUAGAUUGCGUGCAUACGGAGUGCAGAAAUUAGAAAACCAAGUUAUCAGCCCCUUCAAAAUUUAUAUCAUUGAACGUCAAUGGAUCGUAUAAAUUUCUUUUGCUUGUUCUUCCUUCUAUCUUCCGGUGGUUGAGCCAAAAUACUGCACAUAACUUCAACCCUUUUACAACUUACCCCCAACAACGCAUCAUGUCCCCUAGUUUUGUUUACCGUAAAAAGAGAAAGGAUGGGGAGAAUUAGAAAAGGAAAAAUAGUAACAUUGACAUGGAUACUUUGAUGAGGAAGAUGAACUAUAUACUCCGUAUAAUGAAUAUAAA